UGAUGACUCACCAGCCCCAGCAGCAGAUGGUACCCAGUACCCUGAGCCAGCAGAGCCACCCCGCCCAGAACGCCCCAGCGGGCCUCCUGACUCUGCCCAUGGCGCUGACCACUCAGCAGCAGCAGCAGCAGAAGCUGCGGCUUCAGAGGAUCCAGAUGGAGAGGGAGAGGAUCCGGAUACGCCAGGAGGAGCUCAUGAGGCAGGAAGCAGCCCUCUGCAGACAGCUCCCCAUGGAAGCCGAGACCAUGGCAGCCGUUCAGGCUGCUGUCAACCCGCCGGCCAUGACCCCAGACGUGAGGCCCAUCAGCAACAGCUCGGAUCCCUUCCUCAACGGGGGACCCUAUCACUCCAGGGAACAGAGCACAGACAGUGGCCUGGGGCUGGGCUGCUACAGUGUCCCCACAACUCCCGAGGAUUUUCUCAGCAAUGUGGAUGAGAUGGACACAGGAGAAAGUGCCGGUCAGACGCCCAUGACUGUCAACCCCCAGCAGACCCGCUUUCCUGACUUCCUUGACUGUCUUCCGGGGACCAACGUCGACCUGGGGACUUUGGAGUCUGAGGAUCUCAUCCCGCUCUUCAACGAUGUGGAGUCUGCUCUGAACAAAAGCGAGCCCUUCCUGACCUGGCUGUAA